UUGCAAACAGGUCUGGCGCGACUUAAAAAGCCGUACAAGCGUACGUGUACGUGACCGGAAGAGGCAGCAUCGAUCAGCCGCCUUUAACGGAGAUGGAGAGGCGGGUAAUUGAUCUGAUUGGGAUCAACUACAUCGAGGGUCACGAAGCGGUUCCUGACAAUGUGCCAUUGGAAGAGGAGCUUCAAUUGGUCAUGGAGGAUGGGGAGGAUAUUGUCUUCCAUGCGGUGACGCCAGCGUCAGUGUUUGGAGCCGACAGCGAGGUGCAGGUCAGCACACCUAAAACUCCUCCGCAAACACCGCGUAGGACUUUGAAGAGGAAGGGGGCGGAGGAAGAAAGCGAUGUCCAGAAAAAAUGUCUGGAAAUCGCUGAGAAGCAAGCAGAUGCCUUGAAGAUGCUGGCUGAAAACAAUUCCAGACAAACGGAUGUUUUGAAGGCGAGAAAUGCUGGCUGAAAAUACCGCAAGGCAGACGGAGGGGAUGCUUGCAAUGGCGCAGUCUAUGACCGUCCUUAGCGAAGGGAUGAAAGCCUGUGCCGAGGGUUUUAACCGACUCGCGAGUACUCUCCGCAACUCGUAAAUAAUAUUAAUAAUUUAGGUUUUAAGAAAUGUAAAUU